AUGAGAUUAUUAGCUGCUUCUAUUUUCUUUAUUUUAGCUAUUACUAAUGUAUCUGCUAUUAUAACACACUAAGAGUUUUAAUAAUGCUAAGCUACAUAUGAGAAUUCUGCUUAAACACUUUGUUUACGAGGUGAUUAAGAUUGUUUUACUGCCUUAUAAAAUAUUGGAAAUUGUUUAGACUCAUGUGCUUCAGAUACUAAGAAAAGUUAUAACUAGAUCCUUAAUUGUGCUAAAACUAAUUGUACAACAAGUAAUCAAAAUGUUUAGUCCUGGUUAAACAAAUAUCUUUCUUGUCUUUAUUUAGGAAAACUUUCACUUAGUUUCCUUUUAUUAGCUCUAUUUGUUAUUGUUUUCUGA